GGAUGGCCGUGGGCAUGGUGGCGGCCGUAGUGGAGAAGCUCUCCAGCAUGUUAAGGGCCCCUUCCCCUCAAAUCCCUUUCUCCCGCGCUGCGGCUUUUGAAUCUGUGUGGUCAAUCCUCGGGAGAAUCAGUCUGUCCUUCUCCACGGAUGACCUCCAGAGCCCAUUUUAUGUGAGAUCUGUCUGUGCCUUUGUGGCUGAUGAAGUCCAGAGCUGCUUCCAGCCCCCUGCAGCCACCUUACCAGUCCUCCCUGUCGUCGCUGUGGCCGUCUCCACUGCACCUCCAGACAUCCUAGCAGAGGCAGACCCGGCAUCUUCCCACCUGGACGUCGUGGACAUCACCCAUAACAUACAGGCAGACCAGGCAUCUUCCCACCUGGAAGUUGCGGACAUCGGCCCUAAAACAGAGGCAGACAGAGCUUGUUCCCACAUGGAGGUUGUGGACAUCACCACUAACACAGAUGCAGACUCGGCGUCUUCCCACCUGGACGUCGUGGACAUCACCGCUAACAUAGAGGCAGACCCUGCUUCUUCCCACCUUGAGGUUGUGGACAUCACCCAUAACAUACAGGCAGACAAGUCAUCUUCCCACCUGGAAGUUGCGGACAUCGGCCCUAAAACAGAGGCAGACAGAGCUUGUUCCCACUUGGAGGUUGUGGAAAUCACCCCUAAGACAGAGGCAGACCCGGCUAAUUCACACCUGGAGGUUCAGGACAUCACACCUAAGACACAACAAGAUCCAGCUUCUUCCCACUUUGCUGUGAACAUCACCCGUAACAAAGAGGCAGAUCUGGUUUCUUUCCACCUAAAUGUUGUGGACAUCACCCCUAAUAGAGAGGCAGAGCCCAUCUCUUCCCUCUUGGAGGUUGUGGAUGUCACACCUGAAGAAAGGACUCUCAAGAUGGCCGCCUUUGCCUCUCAGCCAACUGACAUCCAAGCAGAGGAUGUUGCUGUGGUCAUCCCAGAUGUCACCCCACACGUCACCAAGGAUGUGACACUGGAUGUUCCAUGCAGAGCUGCAUGCAAAGGGAAAGUCCGGCAAUUUUUUUUCAGGCUUUGGAGGGCAGUGUGCUGCUGCGCCUGCCACAAGGAAGAGGAGGAACAAGAUUAGUUAUUCAUCAGACCUUCAGAAAUGGGAUUGAACCAUAGACCAUUAAAUUAUUUGCAUCAUAA